AGGAAGAGUUGGCUAAGUUGGAGCAACAGCGAGUCGAAGAGGAGCAGGCCAUAGCCAAAAAAGCUGCGGCAGUUGCACGCCGGGAGGAAUUGCAACGAGAAGCUGAAGCUGCUGCAGUGGCUGAAACAAGGCGCCUUCAGGCCGAGCAUGAAAGCUUGGAUGCCCAAGCCCGGCUUGAGCGGCACGAGGCAGCAGAGCGAACGAGGAAAGCCAAGAAAGCGGCAGCCAAAGAAGCCAAGUUGAUGCGCAAGAAGCGGAGGAUGCUCGCCUUGGACAGCGAUGAGUCUGGCAGUGAGGCCGAGAAAGAGCGAGGAACUUGGAACAGCAACAAUCCGGAUAUUCGGUUCCUUUCUAUUCAAGGUGAACAUGUCACCUUUAAGUCUGACCAGUUUGCAGACCACUGCGUGGCCCUGACGCGGCGACCGAUGUUCUAUGGCAGACAUUUCUACGAGUUCCACAUCCAUCACUUCAGUGAUCAACUCAGAUGUGGUGUGACAACGGAUGCCAUUCAGGCUGGUGCACAGGUAGCCGGGCACAAUUUGCGAGGCUGGUGCUGGGAUCCCCAGUGUUUGUGCUACUACUCUGGUCAGAUGAAUCCGAGCCGAAAGGCCUUGAGUGCUGGACUACAGAUCAACAACAAGGUGGUGCAGGAUUUCACGUUUAUGACAGCUGGGGACGCUAUUGGAGUCAUAGUUGACGCUGACCGAUGGUCGGUGGCCUUCUUGCGAAAUCGCGUUCUGCAGGGCAGCUGUGCCAUGGCAUCUCCCACACGGGAACCGCUCUUCUUGUUGGUCCAUUUGGACGCAGCUGCAGACCAUGUGGAGCUGCGCAAAGUUUCUUUGGAAGAAGCACCUCCAAAAGCCUUGGAAGAGUUGGAUUCCUUCACCCCGCCCUCCUGGUCUAUCCUGGUGAGCGACUGCUCCAGUGUUGAAAGUGAAGCACCGAUCAGCAAGGAGCACCCCUGGGCGUCCCCGAUCGAGCCCGCUUCGGUGAAGUCGAGCGGCCCACCUCGGCGUCCGUUGAGUCAGGGCCCCUCGAAAGCAACUCACCGUGCGCAAGGAAGCACGGUGGAGCCGUUGCCUGGAUUCACCGGGCCCAAGGGCACGUUGAGGUCAUCGAAAUCCAGCAGUGCCUUGGAAAGGGCGGGAGCUGUGCGCAUGCAGAAGAGACCCUCGUCCUCGUCCCUCCUGGCAGCGGGAGCCGUUCUGUCAAGGCCGCAGAGUGCAGAGAAAGUCGAGAAAGCCAAGUCAGAGAGCCCAAAGAAGACACUUCGACCACGUGAGCCUCAGCGAAGUGAGCUGGCAUUGACAGCGGCAACUUCAAGCCACCAAAGUUUCGUGGAGCAGACUUUCCUUCAUCCUCAACGUCCAGAUCAUCCUGAUCGUUCUGUGGAGCCUCAAAGCUUGGAGCCAGGUGCAGCGAGCACUUUGAGCUUAAAGGCUCGGCUGAGAGAAUUGAAAGAAUGCUUCGACGAAGGCCUCCUUACGCAGGAGGAAUUUCAACAGGAGAAAGCCAUCGUUCUGAAGGCCAUGCGACCAGGUGCCCCCCAGCCUCCAGCUGCUGCAGCCCAACCCUGUGCGGCUGCCCAGGGCAGUGCCCAAACCACUGCCCACCCACCUGCGUCAACCCAGCGGAUCUUGCCGCCAGUCACUGUUGGUGCGACCGAAGCGUCUCGGCCAACGACUGGGGUCCCGAACGUCCCGGCUUCCCUCCUUGGUACAUCUUUCAGUGCGCCUUGGGUGCAGAGGGACGUCACGUCACACUACGCCGAAGGCUGGAGCGAUCAAUCUUCCAUGACCCUUUCUGACGUCCAAGGGCGCAGCGGCUUUGCUGCUUUGCUGGACCACUGCGCAGCGGCUUUCGAAGAAAAAU